UGCGCGGUGCGCCCGGCCCAGCCGCCAGGGCGAGGAGCCGGCUCCCGCCUCGGCGCGCGCGCAGGCGCCCGCCCGCCACAGCGCGGCCCCGCCCGCAGGUCCUGGCAGGGCCGCAGGCAGCGGGGGCUGCGCGGGGGAGCCGGCGCCCCGCAGGAACUGCCCGGAGGCCGCGGGUGGCGGCGCCGCCGUCCCAUGCUGCCGGCGGGCUGCGGCGGGCGGCUGGCGGCGGCGCUGGCGGCGGCCCUGGGCGACGGCGCCGAGCGGCGGCGGGAGCUGGAGCGGCAGGCGGCGCGGGGCCGGGCCCUGCUGGGGCGCUGGGACGCCGAAGAUGAGGAGCGGCAGAAGUCAGACAGCAGCUCGAGCAACGGACAAGAGAGCAGACCUUCACCCAAGGAGCUGGAGGAGCUGGAGCUGCUGAGCAGGGCCUUAGCAAAGGCCUUGAAAGUCAGGAAAAGCAUCCAGAAAACUUCAGUAGAGGCCCAGGGAGUUAGGGAAGGAGAGAAAGCUGCAAAUGAGGGACCUGCUCCCAAGAAUGCUCAAGUGCAGCAAGUGCCAGUGUCCAGUGAGGGUGUUCCUGUGACCACCAAGGUGAAAGCUGUAAGCAGAAAACCUACCUCUUCUAAGAAGCCUUCUUCAUACCUGCUAACAGCCCCUUAUAGGACUGACCCUGAUGUGAAAAAAGCACAUAGGAAAGCCCCAGCCAGAUGUAUGUCUCAAGCUCCUAGGACAGCUGGGAAGAGCUCUUCAAAAGCAGUGGCUUCCAAACAAGCAAGGAGACAUAGGCUAACAAUCAGUGCCAGUAACCAAGAAGUCUGUGCUGCAGCUGAAUCCCAAAAGACAGAUGGCUUGUCCAAAUGUGGCCUGCUUGAGCAGCAGAGUGUCUCCCUAGGGGAUUCAGCUGGGGGAAAGAACUUGGUAGCUGCUGGCAGGCAGCUAUUUGAUACAGGGAAGGAAGGCUGCGGUUCUCUGGGAGGGUCCAGCAAAAAGGAGGACCAUACAACUGAAGAUGCUCUGGGAAGGAACAGCUCACCUCAGGCAGACACCCUCCAGGAGAAGGGAUCCCGGCUGAAGUUUCCACUUCCUUAUAGGAAAGCCUAUUCCAGGAAUUCCAGGGCAUGGGAGAAUUGUCGUCUCUGUCAGUCAAGUGCAGAUGCAGCAGCUGCAAGGAACCGUUUUAUAGAGAGAAUCCAGACAACUUUUUGUUCACCGAUGCCAGCCUUCAGUCCUGCAGAGAUAGAGGAGGAAGUAAAGGUCCUGCAGAAUGUCCCCUCCCUUCUCAGCCAGUGUGUGGAAGCUGAGCAUGCAGACCAUCCCACUCUGCAAAGAGAGUAUGAAAGCCUUCUGACCCUGGAGGGUCUGCAAACCAUAGCAUCCCAGUGCUUACAUAAGCUGCAGCUCCUGCGAGAAGCUGCAGAGUCCCAGAUGAGGCUGUGUCCAGAGUGCACUGGGGAUGCAGGAAGCUGCUGUUCAGACUCUGUUCCUCCUUGGGGUCAGGCAUGUGGCAGUACAGGUGUGUUGGCUGAGCCUCUCCUCUGUUAUACCAGCUUCCAGGAGCUGAGGGACCUGUUUGCCUUGAAGAUGCAAGUGUCAAUGCUGAACCAGGAAAUUGCCAUACAAAAGACUUGCAGAGAAAAGGAGAGGAAACCCACAACUUCUGGCUCCCUGCAGGUGUCUUGUACUUCAUUCUGUUUAGUUCUUCUUUUGUUUCCACUACUGAAGCAUGCUUUAAGAAAUGCGACUAUCAUGUGCAUUCCAUUGUCUGCUCUUCUCGUGAGAGCUGUGUACGGUAGGCUGUGUGCAGUUCUGAUGCACAGAGUGCUCAGAGUUCAUUAGCAGAUGCCAGCUAGGAAAAAAAAAAAGUCCCUGGAACUUUAAGCGGAAGGUGAUGAGGUUUGGAGUUGUCUGUGUGGGGCAAAAUGCGUUUCUGAGGGUUAAUUCAAGACUGGCAAAGGAAAAGCUUGUUUUCUUCCUCUGUUAGUGAGUUCUCCUGUGCUUGAGUUGUCAGUCACAGUCAUCAUCCUAGAGCUUUGAGCUGUAAGUUAUGCUGAGACAGGGCCAUUGAGUCCUUUGAGAGUGUGGACUGACAUUACAAGCUAGGCUUAAUAAGCCAGAGGUGAGGGCAGGGAACGUAGGACAGCUUUAGCAUCCCCAGUAAGCUGUGCUGCUGCCAGGAAGGAGGUGCAGCUUUAUUCUGCGUGGGUUGGAGUUGUCCACUUGCACAUCUGUCCCAUAUUAAUGUAACCCAAAUGGGAAGUGACAAGAACAGUCAUAAGCGAAGGGUUGGACUUACCAGUGCUGUGUAAAGCUGUCCACUGUGUGGUCACAGACCUCUCAAAGCGGCAUCUUCAUGCAUGUUUGCCGUCAGCUUGCCAUAGGAAGCUGGUCUCACCCCAGCACUGGGCCAUCUUUGCAGUAACAGUGCUGUCGGAGGUAGUGGAGGAACAGCACUACCAUUUAUCCUGCAUAUUUAGAAACACUGAAUGGCUGCUGGUGUACUUCAGUGAGCAGAGGAUGAACAACUCUGCUAUUGUUAAAUAUGACAAAAGAAAGCUAUCAUCUACCAAUUAGCUGCUUAUUACUCAUGCUCUUCUGCUUAGAUUUCACUUCUUUAUGCAGCCACUUCAUUUCAUGGAGUCUUUGGGGAAAAAAAAAAAAAAAAA